UGCCACCUGUCAGUGCCCAUCAGUGCCAGCUCUCAGUGCUCAUCUGUCACCUGCCAGUGCCCAUCAGUGCCACUUCAAUGCCACAUAUCAGUGCCUACAAGUGCACAUCAAUGCCACAUAUCAGUGCCCAUCUGAGCUGCCUUUCAGUGCCACCUAUCAGUGCCAGUCAGUGCCACCUAUCAGUGUGCAUUAUCAGUGCCAUAUAUCAGUGCUGCCUUUCAGUGCCCAUCAGUGAUGCCUGUCAAUGCCCAUCAGUGCCUCCUCAUCAGUGCCCAUCAGUGCAGCCUCAUUAGCGCACAUCAGUGAAGGAGAAAAAUCACUUACUUACAACAUUUUAUAACAAAAACUAAGAACAUUUUUUUUUUCAAAAUUUUUUUUGUGGUUUUGGUUUGUUUA